AUGCUUUUCACAUAUGGUAUCGUUUUGUUUGCCUUUACAUUGUAUCUAGUUAAGAAUCUUCCUUCUCCACAAAGAAAAAUAUCAACAACAACUAUUACUGAGCCUGUUGCAGAACGAUGGGAGCGAGAUUUUUCACAGACAAAAAUUGAUGGUACCACAUAUAAUUACAUUAUUGUUGGUUCUGGCUCAGCACGUUCUGUCCUGGCAAAUCGUCUAUCAGAGCAAGGUGAUAAACGUGCUCUUUUUAUUGAAGUUGGUGGUGCCAACUCAAAUGAUGAGAUACAUAUGCCAUGCGCUUGUGGUACGUGCCAACGUGGUGAUAUUGAUUGGCAAUAUAAAACUAUACCACAACUUUAUUCACAUUUUGGCUGUGCUAAUCAGCAAAGUAGUAGGCCACGUGAUAAAGUUUUAGGAGGUUGUGCUUCUAUUAACUAUAUGCAAUAUGUUCGGGGUGAUCCACAUGAUUACGAUAGUUGGAAAUUGCCACAGUGGUCAUUUGAAAAAAUGUUGCCAUAUUUAAAAAAAUUAGAACGAGCUGAUUCCAACACAAUUCCAAGAAAUAAUCAUUUUCGUAAUUAUGAUCAUGAUAAGGGAAUGGUGGAUGUAACGAUGCUCGACGAUGCGAAUGCGACUAAUCAGAUGUUUAUCGAAGCAUGUGAGAAGAAUGGAUUUCAUGAAACUAAAGAUUACAAUGCAGAAGAAAGUGUUGUUGUUAAACGUAUUAGUUCAUUAGAUGAAGAAGAAUUCAUCGGUGGUAAAGAAGUAAUACUAUCAGCUGGUGCAAUUGAAAAGAAACUACAAAUACCAGUGAUUAUUGAUUUACCUGGUGUUGGCAAAAACUUACAAUAUCAUCUAUGCGCUCUUCUCUUCUAUUUGAGUUCAAUCCCAACACUUUCAGCUCGUGAUCUCACACCUGAAAACCUACAACAAUGGGCGACUCAUGGGCGAGGUCUUUUAACAUCAUGUGGUAUUGAAUCGUUAACGUGGUGUCAAUUAAAUGAAGAUGGUAAUUUUCGAACAAGAUACAUGUGCCUAAUCUUCAAAUGCAUUUUGGUCCUUUUACAAUAUGACAUUGAACUUUUCAAGAGCCUAAACUUGAAAUUAGAUACUUUUGACAAUCAUUAUAAACAAUAUCUAGAAGAUGGAUCGCAAUGGACUGUUGUAUAUUUACCGACACUUCUACAUUCAAAGUCAAAAGGUGAAAUUACAUUGGCGAGUUCUGAUCCUCUUGUACACCCCGUUAGCGAUCCAAACUAUUUAGCAGAGAAAGAAGAUGUUCACGCACUGAUUGAAGGAUGUAAACUGGCUGAAAACAUUUGCAGACUGAACCUCUAA